CGAACCGCAAGAGCCUUGGAGUUUAACUCAAGAACUUUUCAGACUUUCAAAAUUCGGCUGGUACUGGGGUCCUAUAACCCGGCACGAGGCCGAAGACAAGCUUUAUAAUCAAACUGAUGGUGCUUUCUUAGUGCGGGACAGUUCAGACGAACGUUAUUUAUUGAGUUUAAGUUUUCGGUCAGAAGGUCAGACACUUCAUACCAGAAUCGAACAUUGUAAUGGUUUGUUUAGUUUUUAUGCACAGCCUGACACAGAGGGGUACCCCUCCAUCAUAGAUCUGAUAGAACAUUCAAUGAAUGACUCACAAACUGGAAUAUUCUGUUAUUCACGUUCACGCUCCCCUGGUGCUCCUUCAUUCCCCGUUAGAUUGACAAAACCAGUUUCUCGGUUCACACAAGUGCGUUCUUUAAAAUAUUUAUGUCGUUUUGUGAUCAGGCAGUAUACGCGAUACGAUCAUAUUCAACAUUUACCACUGCCUACUAGUUUAAAGGGAUGGAUUGAAGAAAAUCAGUAUUAUUGAUAUAUUAAGCCGUUCAAUAUUUCAAAUGUGGUGUUUGGCAAUCGGGAUCUGUUGUUGAUCUGACUGUUUUUGCCCAUCAUGUCUGACAGAGUUCUGACAUGUCUAGUUAAUCAGUUCAAUGCCAGUCUUAUCUGACUGUGUGACAAUCUAAGCAAACAGGAUUAAGUUCAUGGAAGCCAACAUUAAGAUAUUCAGUAUAUCGAAUUGGAGUUUUAUUUCAACUCACAUAUGAC